AUGCGUCGCCGAUCAGUCUUGUCCCACUUACCACAACAUCUAGAACGUCUCUUAAAGGCCCCCAUUUCCUUAGAUUGUGCGAAUGAGGCCCGGUUCGUUCUGGCAACGGUUCUCCUUCUCUACAAUCUAGAACUGCUCUCGGCAAAGACGACACAAUGGCGACUACAUAUCCAAGGUGCUCGAGCGAUCAUACAAUGGAAGCUUCAGGCUAUUGGGCUCCACCGACCUCCCGACGUUGCUGAUAACUUUCUCCGUUACGAAUACUACUUCACCGCCGUCUUCAACGGCUUAACCACGUUCGAUGCCACCUACGAUGUUAUUGACGAUAUCCCAAUCAACGACAAGAUUGCCGUCUUUGGUGACUUUGUCCGGAUCAUGCACUGUGUCACCCGCGCCGAGCGAAUCAACUUCAGCGGCAGUCCAAAUACCGAAACGACGCGGGUGGAAGAUGUCGUGGGCGAAAUUGAAACGGCGAGAGACCGAGCGCUCCAGCUGAAUCACAUCAUCCGGUUCCAAUAUCCCGACGCGCGGCAUGACUUCGAACACCUGACUCACAUGUAUUAUCAUGCGAGUUUGAUCUACAGUCACCGCGUGCUCUCCGAUCCCGCUCCGUCCCAGGAGCUCAUUCAGGCUUCUCGAGAUGCUAUUCUCGAUCAUCUAUCGCAUCUCAUCGACCUGGCAUAUUUCGCCCACGACCUGGUUUGGCCAUUAUUUGUGUGUGGGACGGAGUGCCGGGGUUCCCCGGAUAAGCAGGAUACCAUCGAACGGGCACUUUUAGGGGUAAUUCGUCUCAGCGGUAGUCUGGAUCGGCGACGAUUCUUGUCAUUUCUGAGGAUGUUUUGGCAGCUGGACUGCGGAGAUCGGGAGAAUACUACCAACCCCUCAUUUCACCAAUCUUUCUGCCUGGGGAAUUCACCCCAGAGUCACCGGGUCUUCCCCCUAUUCCCAAAUAGGUGA